ACCAUUUCAUCAAUACAAGCUUAUAACUCUCAACAUACAUUUUGUAAUCAAACAACUAAUCAAUCAAAAGAUGGAAGGCAAAACUUUGAUUCUAAGUGUGCUCCUAAUGAGUCUAUUCAUGGCGCAAAUUCAAGUUGACGCAAAGAGCUGCUGUCCGUCCACCACUGCUAGAAAUAUUUAUAACACUUGUCGCUUUGCUGGAAGUCCCAGGCCAAUAUGUGCAAGUCUCAGUGGCUGCAAAAACAUUGGUGGGACGAAAUGUCCUCCUGGAUAUAUGCAUGACAUUCUCGAAAACACAGGUGAUGCUGUCACUGAAUACUGCAAGGUUGGAUGUGUAUCCUCUGUUUGCGGUGUUUUAACUACUAUUCAGAACUCUGAUGCAAGUGAAAUUGUGAAUGGAACGGUUGAAAAAUGUGCCAACGCAUGUUCUACAGUCUGCACCAAAGACUCGAUGAAUGCAGUUGAAACUGCCUAGACAACUCCACCCAUCCAUAUAUCUGGAGGUGAAGGGUGGUCAUCUUUCACAGUGUUGUUUUUAUGUUUUCAAUAAUUGUCGUGUAUGUGACAAAAAUGUUAAAACUCUCAUGCUCAUUUGUGUAUGUGACAAUAAUUGUCGUGUAUGUGACAAAAAGUGCGUAGAAGGUUGUCGAUCUAUAGAUUGUAUAUGCCUUCUACUUCCUAUCUUUUAAAUAAAAAUAAUGUGUUUCUAUUAGU